AAUGGGACAGUACACCUCUGUAUUACGCUUGCCUCUGUGGACACGAGGAGCUUGUACGCUAUCUUCUAGCCAAUGGAGCUAAAUGUGAGGCAAACACGUUUGAUGGGGAACGCUGUUUGUACGGAGCUUUGAGUGACGCCAUCCGCCGCCUGCUGAAGGAGUACAAGCAGAUCACAGCAAAGUGCAUGAAGAGGGACUACUACGAUGUCUUCCUGCAGCGGUUGCUGGAGCAGGGGUACCAAAGCGACAUUGUUUUCAUUGUUCACGGCAAAUCCUUCUGUGCCCACCGCUGCAUUCUCAGCGCUCGCAGCGCCUACUUUGCAGAAAUGUUUGAGACCAAAUGGAAGGGGAAGAACAUGAUAGUGCUGAAGCAUCCGCUGAUUAAUCCAGCAGCCUUUGGCUCUCUUCUGCAGUAUUUGUACACAGGUCGUCUCGAUAUCGACGUAGAAUAUGUAAAUGAUUGCAAGAGGUUGGCCAAGCAGUGUCGGCUGCAGGACCUCAUAGAUGAUUUGGAGACCAAAUGUAAAAAAGUCUAUGAAUUUGUCUCUUCCAAGCCAGGGACCUGUGUGAAAGUGCUGACGAUUGAGCCCACAGGUAACUGCCGGCUGCAGGAAGAUCUGGCUCUCCUAGCAGACUGCGCCCUGCCAGCCGAACUGCGGGUUGGUUUUGGGGAGUUGCCGUUUGACAGCACCGACAACUUCAACAGUUGUCCCGACGUGUGUUUCAGGGUGGCAGAGUACAACUUUUUGUGCCAUAAGGCAUUUUUCUGUGGUCGCAGUGAUUAUUUCAAAGCCCUUCUUGAAGACCAUUUCAGUGAGAGUGAGGAGUUACAGACACAGCCCAGCAUCCCUGUGGUGACUCUUCACAACAUCUCAGAAGAUAUCUUCAUCCGAGUCCUCUACUACAUCUACAGUGAUGACACAGAGCUGUCCCCGGAAAACGCCUACGACGUGCUGUGCGUGGCAGACAUGUACCUGCUGCCCGGGCUGAAGCGCCUUUGCGGCAGGACCCUGGCUCAGAUCCUGGACGAGGACAACGUCGUCAGCAUCUGGAGGGUCGCAAAGCUCUUCCAGCUGACCCGGCUGGAGGACCAGUGCACGGAGUACAUGGCGAAGAUCAUCGAGAAGCUGGUGGAGUUGGAGGAGUUUGUGGCUGCCGUGAAGGAGAACGCGGAGGCUGUGGAGGAGCGGCAGGAGACUGACUCCAUUCCUCUGGUCGACGACAUCCGCUUCCAUAUCACCAGCAACGUGCAGACUUACAGUGCCAUCGAGGAAGCCAACCAGAAACUUGAAGCUCUGGAAAACCUCCUGGCCAGUAUAGGGCUUGAGUGCUGAUGUGCAAACCCUGCCUGUGGUAUGAGCCUGCGCAGCCCCGCCGGGGUGGCUCGGAGCGCAAGAACAGCUGAGCCUCUGAAUGUCUCUCUUCCCCUUCUUUGUCCUCCCCAAUCACUUUCAGGCAUGGUUUCUUUUUAAUUUAUUUACGUCUGGACAUUUGCAUGUCUGGUUUGUGUUUGGUUUUAAUUUGUUUUUCGUUUCUCCUUUCAGAAGUAGCUCCCAAAGCUCAGCCCAAAUCAGUAGCUGCUCCUUUGCAGGAUACAACGCGGAUGGGAGGCUGCCAGCAGCUGGGGGUGGUCAGGGAGCUAGCGCUCUGGGGGACUUGCCGGGUGUUAGGACACCCAUCCUGUUCUGUUGCCCCACAACACACUUCUGAAACUGGUUCAUCCCAGGAUAUUGUUGAAUUGCCACAGUCAGAGGAAGAAAACAGGAUUAAACUCUUCAAAUAAGUAUAUUGGAAGGGAGGUUGGCCUUUCUUUCAGGGCCAGCGUGCUAAGAUUGGCAGAGGUGGGCAGUGCUUCCCCAGCAGGGGCACAGCAGUGCUUGGCUGUGUGGAAGGCACUGUCCUCACCUGCUGUUCUAGUGUUUAGAUGAAAAGAACCAAAGUGGUUUCUAGGCCUUCCCUAGCUUUUCAUUGCUUUGAAGUGCUCAGAGUUUAAAAGCUUUGCUUCCUGAACAAAUGUCUUUGGGAAUGCAGCAGAGACCAGAGCCUUUCCGUUCUUAGAAAGCAGUUGCUUUCAAUGCAUGAAAAAAAAAGGAGAGCACCCCUUUUUUUCCUGACAGGGGAAGGAAACACCUUCUUGGAAACAGCACUUUUCCCUUUCUUUUUGUCCACUGUGGUAGAGCAAAACAGACUCUCUGGUGGGUCAGGGAGGAGGGGUCACCAGAAAUCGUUUAGAAGGAAAAGGGGCCUUUUGGGUCUCUUGCAGGGCAGCUGUCCCACCCGACGUUCUGGCUUUGCUCAGCCUUGAACCCUGUAGCUUCAGUGUCCUCCAGGAAACUCACUGUUUGUACUGACGAGUGUUUCUGAGUCUGUGUUCUGCAGUAGGUCGUGUUAUCUCGUGUUGUCUCCCUAGACUCCUAACGAGGGUAAUGAUGUUCUUUCUGCUUGGCGCUAAUCAGCGGGCGAUACCCCUGCACAAAGCUUGCCUUGCCCCGCAGGCUGCCCUCGGAGCUGUUUGUCUGCAGGGUGGCAGGUCUGGGGAGGCUCGGGUUCCCGGGGCAGGGGCCGGGCGUGCUCUGCCGUGCUGCGAGUUGGGAGGGAGCAGGGGCAUUGUGUGAGGCACACGCGGGAUCUUGCCCGGGCACUAUCCCCAACACGUAUCGUCGCUCCGGUCGCUCUGCGAGGCAGGAGCUUGAAAUAAUCCGCAUCAGGUGUGCUCUUACUGCUUGAGGUGGGAGCUGGGCACGGGCCCCUGCGGCUCCAGGGUGGUGGGUUCUGUAAUGGUGGUGAUGCUUCCCUUGGGUAAGGGAAGACGCUGGGGAUCCAGCGUUUGGCAGGGACUUGCUUCAGCUGUGGCUGCACUUGGGAGGACGGGUUUCUCUCCCUCGCUAAUCUCCCGAGGUGAGACUGGUGCUCCCACACCACGUGGGAACUGCAGCCCCUGCUCGGAGCAUCUGCCUGUACCCCGCGGGUGGUGAAGCUCUCUGGGGGAACACGGGCAGGCUCGGUCCGGCUGCACCGACAGCGGGCCCUGGGGUACCCGAGAGAAGCUGGACUUUGGCAGAAUCAUGUAUCAAGAUUGAGUCGUGCUUAACCGAAGCUGGGGACAGCUGGGGGAGCAGGCGUGAGGUGCGCUGACAUAACUGAGCCCCGAGUGCUUGUGCACUUUGUUCUCUGGGUUUCACUGGUGUCUCUUGCAGAACAAGUCUGUGGGGCAGGGAAUGGUGGCAGCGGGGCUGCUCAGGCAGGGCUUCAGUUCUGCUUCAGAAGGCUUGUGAGGAAACGUGAGGAGUUCUGGUGGUUUGCUUCCUGCGGCCGCGUGCGGGUGAGGCCGGGGGUGUCCCUGCAGCCGUGUGCUGCUGUGUGGGAGCAGGGAGCAGCAGCAGGGUGCUCCUGUUUGGGGGGCUGACGUGGAGGGGAGACGUGUGUUUGUCGUGGGAUUGGUGGAAUGUGCCUCUGUGUCCGUCUCUAAGCUCAGUGUGGCUUCGCCAGGAUGACCAAAGAGAGCCCAGCACAGCUUGGAAGUGUCAAAAGCAUCUCGGUAAACUCGAGGAGGGGAAGAGCUGUUGGGAAAGCUUUAAUAUGAAGUCCCGUAUAUUUUGGAGGAAGGAAGGUGAAAGCAGAACCGCUUUGUUUUCUUGCUCAGUGGAGCGUCAGGUUCAUGAAAGCCUGCUACAGAAACGGAAAGCUGGACCCAGCUGGUUCAGUUCCCUGUUUCUCCGCCCUGUGUGGUUGAAGAUGACGCUGAGCAUAAGCUGGACGUUCAGUUUAUCACAUCCCCAAGCUGGACGUUCAGUCUAUCACAUCCUCUCUGCUCCUCCUGCAUAAACUCCUCAUCUGACGCCUCAGUCGUCGUCCCUGGGCAGCAGCGGUUGUGGCAGCCCCGCGCGGAGCCGGGGGACGGCCGUGGCCUUUGCCUUCCCCUUGUGCUCGGCGAGGUGCGGAAGCAGGAUCACUGAGGAUCGUGCUGAUGCUUUUCUCUGCAGAGGCCUGGGCUGCUGAACAAACGGACACCGGUAGGGGCAGAGCAGGAGGACGGCAGAGCGGGCAGCAGUGCUGCGAAGCCUUUUCCAUACGGCUGCCCGUGAGCAAUCCCAUUCCCACGUCCUGAAGCGCGGAGCAAGCGAGGCCGCAGCUGUACACGUGGGAGGAAAGCUCGGCCUGGCCUUCCCCUCUGCCUCCCCACUAAGGCAGUGCCACGGGGGCUGCCCGGCGGUGUCACAGUGGUCACAUCCGUGAGGCCCCGCGGAUUGUCCAGGGACUCGGGGCCCUUUGCCCCCCCCAUCCCUUUUGGUGAAACUGGGCUACCACAAGGUCAGUGUGCGGGCAAGCUCUCCAGCCAAGGUGAGCCAGGUCAAAACUGAGAUUUGAAUUCACUUUAUUCUUGCUGCAAAUACUUUUAUCACAAAAUAAAAACCUUUUGUUGAUUUUUCUUCUGUUGCCAGCGUCCUUUUUGUGUUCUGUUGCCUCUGUCCUU